AUGUGUGGAGAGAGGCGUGACUACCGUGGAUCCUCUGGGGAGCCUCAACAACAUCAUGAAGCUGGCGAGGCAGAGAAGACUCUCUCCACAUCAGAACUCCUCAAGAAACAGCAGCGGAAACGCACAGGGAAGAAACCUCACUGCUGCUCUGACUGUGGGAAGAGAUUCACCUCUUCAGCAGACCUCAAAAGACAUCAGAGAAUCCAUACAGGAGAGAAACCUUAUAGCUGUGAUCAAUGUGGGAAUAGUUUUAAUGUUUCAAGCAGCCUGAAAACACACCAGAGAACACACACUGGAGAGAAACCUUAUAGCUGUGAUCAAUGUGGGAAGAGUUUUAAUGUUCCAAGCAGCCUGAAAAGACACCAGAGAAUUCACACGGGAGAGAAACCUUAUAGCUGUGAUCAAUGUGGAAAAAGUUUUAAUGUUCCAAGCAGCCUGACAACACACCAGAGAAUUCACACGGGAGAGAAACCUUAUAGCUGUGAUCAAUGUGGAAAAAGUUUUAAUGUUCCAAGCAGCCUGAAAACACACCAGAGAAUUCACACGGGAGAGAAACCUUUUAGCUGUGAUCAAUGUGGGAAGAGUUUUGUUUCAUCUAGCCAGCUGACUGUACACCAGAGAAUACACACAGGAGAGAAAUGUUAUAGCUGUGAUCAAUGUGGGAAAAGUUUUGUUUCAUCUAGCCAGCUGACUGCACACCAGAAAACACACACAGGAGAGAAAUCAUAUAGCUGUAAUCAAUGUGGGAAGAGAUACUCUGGUAAAAGAUCUCUGAUCAGACAUCAGAAAAUACAUACAUGAAUGAGUUGUUUCAUAACAUCAAUAAA